AUGCCAAGCGACAUAGGACCGUUACUGUACCAGAGCUAGAGCUAGUGCUCAAGGAAUUUAUACUAAUCUAUCAACACCGCACUAUUCUAAGCGAUGCUAUGAUGAUCGAAAAGGCAAAAUUGUUAGCAGAUGAACUAGGAGUCCCUGAAGGCAAGUUAUAUUUUUCUUCCGGGUGGCUCCAAAAAUUUAAAAAGCGAAAUAGAAUCUGUCAGAUAAAGCUUCAUGGAGAAGCAGGUUCUGUUGAUAAGGAU